AUGGCACAGUCGGCCGUGAGCAGCACCAUUCACGAGGUGACGGAGGCCAUCAUUUCCGUGUCUGCCCGGAGAAAGUUGGUGGACAUUCCGUUCGCACCAGCUGCCAAGGAUGAGGCAAAGGCGGCGUUUGCGCGACGUGGCGCAAUUCCAGGCGCGCUAGCGUGCGUCGACGGCACGUUGAUCGCGAUUAUGAAGCCAGAGGGACUCAGCCCGGCCGACACGGCGAGCUUCAUGUCGAGAAAGGGUUAUUACGCCCUGAACGUCAUGGUCGUGUGCAACGCGGAACUUCGCAUUCUUGUUGUGGACCCCCGGUUCCCUGGUUCGUGCCACGACUCUUGGGUGCGGCAGCAUAACCCACUGCGUGCACGCCUAGCCGCACAACUGCAGCCUGGGGAGUAUCUGCUUGCACUUUCGGACACUGCUCUAUACAGCCACGAUAGAGCAGCGCGAAUCAUUUAUGCAUGCGUUGCUCUCCAUAACAUUGCCUUGGACGCGGGCGACUGGUCAUGCGACGAUUAUGGUGGAGAAGUGCCACCAGCUGAGGAGCCAGAGGAGCCAGACGACAUCCAGGUGCUGGCACCGCUCGACGUGUUCCUCAGAGGAAGGCAGCAGCGCAGCGCCGUUGUCAACCUUUUCUGA